AUGUUGGCCACUGUUCUGACCUAUUACGUCAAGCUAUCUUGUGCCGCCCCGAGUCCAGGACUGACCCUUCUCCACGUACAAGAUUUGAUGACCGAAAAUUUAGAGCCCAAUUCUGGCGGAGGUACCGGCUUUGGGACUGAGCACCGAUGUGUUAAGUGGCAAGAACUGAUGGAUGGUGAUGAACCAAUUACACUGAGAUUUUGA